AUGGCAUGGUGUUCCCCCGAUGUCAAGCUUUUGUUUGUGCAUGCACUGAAGAAAAACGAAGAGAUGGUUGCCGUCACUGGAUAUGUCACCGACGAUGCUCAUGCACUACAUCAGGCUGACAUUGGUUUUGCUAUGGGUAUCCGAGGGACUGAAGUUGCUAAAGAGAGUUCGGAUAUAAUUAUUUUGGAUGAUAAUUUUGCUACGCUUUUAAAUGGGGGCGAUCUGUACAUCCAAAUACAGUUUAUGCAGUUGCAGCUUACAGUCAAUGUUGUAGCACUAACUACCAAUUUCAUGGCUGCAGUUUUCUAUGGUCACGUCCCAUUAAAUGCUGUUCAGUUUCUCUGGGUGAACCUACUCAUAGUAGCUCUUGUACCACUAUCAUUGGUUACUAAACCUCCAGCAGAUGAACUGAUGCCGGGACUCCUUGUCGAACCAGGACAACCUCCUAAAAGAUAUGCGAAGUGGAAGAGACAGAUUUUUCAGGGCGUGUACCAAAUUGUUGCCAUUCUUAUCAUCAAUUUUCAAGGACAAAAUUUACUGAAAAGUUAUAACCGCGGUCAUGCCAUCAAAGUGAAGAACACAAUGAUAUUUAAUACAUUUGUUGUUUGUCAAAUUAUCCAUCAAAUGGAAGCUCGAAAGAAGGAUAUACUAUCAAAGCCUAAGAUCUGGAUUACUUCAAACUAUCUCUUUAUGGGAAUAGCAGGAACAAUUCUCAUAAGUCAUUUUAUCAUCAUUGAGUUUCUAGGGAAAGCGUUCUCCACAGUGGCGCUUAACCAGAAAGAGUGGCAGUUUUCCCUCACUCUUGGGUUUGUCGAGUAA